CAGCUCCACAUGCAUGCAGCCACUGAAGCUAUUCUUAAUGUCACUUUCAUUAGAGCUCCUCCUGAUGCUUUACUGAAGGUUGAGGUUCCCCUUGUAUUUAGAGGAGAAGAUGUGUCGCCUGGAUUAAGAAAAGGUUCAUAUCUGAAUAUCAUUAAAAAGAGUGUUAAAUAUCUUUGUCCUGCCGACAUAAUUCCUCCGUAUAUUGAUGUGGAUUUAAGUGAGAUGGAUGCUGGUGAAAAGAUGGUAAUGGGGGACCUUAAUGUUCAUCCAGCACUAAAGCUGAUUCAGUCAAAAGAUGAGCCAAUUGUUAAGAUAAUGGGUGCUAGAGUUUCUGAACUAAAGAAAGCCGCCAAGUAGAAGUUGAUUUGAGUUAUCGAAUAUAAGAAAUGUGAAGCUUCAAGAUGAUCAGUAUUGGGUUUAUAUGGUGUAACACUGGAAUCCUAUAACCUAUGAUCUUGGUAGAUAUUUUUUGGUCCCACAUCAUGCCUGUAUGACCCUUAACAAUGGCAUAUGGUGGUUUUUAUUUCCUCAAAUUGGGGCACAUAGGAUGAUAGAAGGUUCGAGUUUGUAAUAGAUUUUUCAUCUUGGUCAGUUUUUAGGCUACAAAUCAUGGCAAUUUCUCAGAUCUUGGUCGAGUUACGAUUCCUGCUUGAAGAUUGUCUUUUCAUAUGUACAAUUAUAUCCGAAUAAUAUUAUUCAUGAUUUCUGUAA